UCGUCCCUCUCUCGUCUCUUUGAUUUUUUCCUUUCUGCUUGAUUCUCCCCGCGAGCAGCAAAGGACGGCCAGCUUGUGGAAAAGCCCGUCGACAAGCAGAAAAGCACAAAGAAUCAGCGAGCAUUAUUCUUUCCUCUCCCGCCAUGUCCCGAUUCCUCCGACCCGCAGCCCGCCUGGCUGUCUCGACACGGGCUGCCGCCAUCACCAGAAAGGCCUCGCCGUCCUUUUCACAGGCCAUUGCCCGCCCCGCCUACUUUGGCGGCUCGUCGCAGAACCGAUCCUACGCCGAGGGCGCGGGCGUCAAGGAGUACACGGUGCGAGAUGCCCUGAACGAGGCGCUGGCCGAGGAGCUGGAGAGCAACCCCAAGGUCUUUAUCCUGGGCGAGGAGGUUGCGCAGUACAACGGCGCCUACAAGGUCACCAAGGGCCUGCUGGACCGGUUCGGCGAGAAGCGCGUCAUUGACACGCCCAUUACCGAGAUGGGCUUUACCGGCCUGGCGGUGGGAGCUGCGCUGAGCGGCCUGCACCCGGUGUGCGAGUUCAUGACCUUCAACUUCGCCAUGCAGGCCAUUGACCACGUCGUCAACUCGGCCGCAAAGACGCUCUACAUGUCCGGCGGCAUCCAGCCCUGCAACAUCACCUUCCGCGGCCCCAACGGCUUCGCCGCCGGUGUUGCUGCCCAGCACUCGCAGGACUACUCGGCCUGGUACGGCAGCAUCCCCGGCCUCAAGGUCGUCUCGCCCUGGAGCGCCGAGGACGCAAAGGGCCUGCUCAAGGCCGCCAUCCGCGACCCCAACCCCGUCGUCGUGCUCGAGAACGAGCUCAUGUACGGCCAGAGCUUCCCCAUGUCCGAGGCCGCCCAAAAGUCCGACUUUGUGCUGCCGUUUGGCAAGGCCAAGAUUGAGCGCGCCGGCAAGGACAUCACCAUUGUGUCCAUGUCCCGCUGCGUCGGCCAGGCCCUGACGGCCGCCGAGACGCUCAAGAAGAGCUACGGCGUCGACGCCGAGGUCAUCAACCUGCGGUCCAUCAAGCCCCUGGAUCUCGACUCCAUUGUCCAGUCCAUCAAGAAGACGCACCACCUGCUCGUCGUCGAGUCUGGCUACCCUGCCUUUGGCGUCAGCGCCGAGAUCCUGGCCCUGGCCAUGGAGUACGCCUUUGACUACCUUGACGGCCCUGCCCAGCGAGUGACGGGUGCCGAGGUGCCCACUCCCUACGCCGCUGGCCUCGAGGAGAUGUCCUUCCCUACCGAGCAGCUGAUUGCCGACUUUGCCGCCAAGAUGCUGCGAGUGUAAAUACCCUAGACGAUAUGAAGGGUGGAGAGAAGAAGAAAUGAAGGGGAGCAAUAAAGGAGAGAGUUGCAAUGAUGAUGUACUCUUUUCACAAGUUAUAUCUACGGAUAUGAACAUGAAUUCAUAUAAGAAGCAGGAGAAGAGAGAAAGAAAAAGAAGAGGAAGAGGAAUCAUCCACACAGGCGAAUGUAAUAUCUCAAAAUACGAAAAGGAUAGUUGGAAAUCCCGAGGGAGAGAGCCUUUAGGAGAAACAAGGCAAUCGGGAUGAGUAGUGGUAGUUUAAACAAAAAAAAAACUCUUGAUAGACGGGGCGGCAGAGGCAUAAUGGACUUGUACUUGUAAUUACCUAUGCGCUUCUUUUACGGAUAAACUCCCUUUUUUUUGAUACUUUUUUUUUUAUUCUUGUGGGUUA